AUGACUGUUGAACAACCCGUACCUCCUCAACGGCUCUCCUUGCACUGGGGCGUCGACGAGGGCGAAGUUGAAGGGAUUCGCCGCUAUACCCAUGGGGGAUAUCACCCCAUCCAGCUUGGAGAAGUAUUGUCAACGCCCGCAGAUACUGAACCAAGCAAUUCUCGUAAGUAUCGCAUACUCAGUAAGCUCGGUUAUGGCGCUUUUUCCACCGUAUGGCUAGUGUCUGCUCAGCAUCAUCCUGAGUCCAGACGCUAUUUCGCACUCAAGGUCUGCGUUGCCGAUGCCGAUCCUCAGCGUGAACUAGAUGUUUUUAGACGGCUCCCCAGCGAUGAAGGGCGCCAUGUGCUACGGCUUCAUGACAGCUUCACCAUUGAUGGUCCUAAUGGCACACAUGCCGUACAUGUUUUCGAUGUUCUAGUUUCAUUCGACAUAGUUACUGGGCUUGUACGAGCUCACUGGAACCGGCGGGAACUCUGUCGCCAAGUCGCUCAUGGCCUAGCCUUUCUUCACCGUCAUGGUGUUGUGCACGGAGACCUCCACAUGGGAAAUAUUGGCGUGUCCAUGCCGCAACUGGACGAGAUCACUGAGGAGGACCUCAUCGACCGCUGCGACCCGCCCAAUUGCACAAUAGUUUUCCCUUGUCAGACACCUGCAUCGCCAAAAUCCUUGCCUCCGUACCUUGUCCCGCCGACGGAUAUCGCCUUUCACCUCCUGAAGCCACCCGCUGCACUGCACAUUGAGCUACUCGAUUUAGGAAGUGCUAUAAUUGUCGGAAGCAGCUCCGCACCUCCUGCCUGUACACCUGCGGUGGUAUGUGCGCCAGAGAUCCUGUUUGAACAAGUCACUACAUCGGUCGUCACCCAAGCUGCUACAACCGCGAGCGACAUCUGGGCACUGGCUUGCAUUAUGUACCGAAUCGUCUUUGGCGGAGACCUGUACCACUGGCCAUCAUUCAGCGUCUACUACCUGGGCAAGGUGGCGGCCGUCUGCGGUCAAAUUCCGCCGUCGUGGCGCAGCUUUUGGGACUCGAACGAACAUCUCUGCAAACUGGAUAUCUCCCAGGAAGCGGCCGACCAGAUCUGGCAGACAAACAUAGAUGAUUCAUCUGCGAGAAAAGGUUGCGCACUUAGUAGAGAAGAUUUUGUCAUCUUUUGCGACCUUUUACAAAGGAUGCUCAAGAUAGAUCCAAGUGAUCGAAUAACUAUUGAGGAGGUACUGGCGCACCCGUGGCACACCCAGACAGCGGACAGUCCAACUCGAUAA